AUAAGUGGAAAAGUACAACGCCAUAGAAAGUUCUCAGGUAUAUACCCGAUCAAGCUAUGGCGAUAUCUCUUUGCUUUUCUCCACUUACUUCAACCCCAAAACACAAUCCAAGAAUCCCCCUUUAUAAACCCAUAAACCCCAUUACUCUAACAAGUCCAAAGAUUCUAAGCCCAAAUCUUAAGACAAUAACUAAAUGUGUUCCUAAAAAUUCUCAGAAUCUUGCUGUGAUUUCAGCAAAACCCAGAUGGGAAAAUUGGCUGUCAACUGCAGCCAACCUUUUCCCUGUCUAUGUAACGGUUGGUGGGGUUGUUGCCUGCUUAAAGCCAUCAACUUUUUCAUGGUUUGUGAAUUCUGGUCCUACUUCAUAUAGUUUGGCUCUUUGGUUUAUUAUGCUUGCGAUGGGUCUUACGUUGGAGGUCAAAGAGUUAAUCAACUUGUUGUUGCAAAGGCCUCUUUCUAUUCUAUUUGGUUGUGCUGCUCAAUACACAAUUAUGCCAGCCUUGGGUAUGAUUCUCAGCAAAUAUUUGGGUCUCCCUCCUUCAAUUUCAGUUGGUCUAAUAUUGCUUGCUUGUAGCCCCGGAGGUACAGCGUCCAACGUGGUAACGUUAAUUGCACAAGGAGAUGUUCCUUUGUCAAUAGUGAUGACAGCAUGCACCACAAUUGGUGCAGUGCUUGUCACUCCCUCCUUGACGAAGAUUCUAGCUGGAACUUAUGUUCCUGUGGAUGCUCUUAAGCUUUCCAUCAGCACGCUCCAGGUUGUGGUUGCUCCACUUAUUGUAGGUUCUUAUAUGCAGCACAAAUUUCCGAAGGCAGUGAAACUUGUUACACCUUUUGCUCCCCUUCUAGCAGUCUUAGCUACUUCUCUUGUUGCUUCCAGUAUAUUCUCCGAAAAUGUUGGGCGUCUAAGAUCUUCUGUGGUUGGCAUAUCAUUCUCUUCCGAUUUGUCUCUGCUCAAUCGUGCUCAGAAUGUGCUAACUAGUGAAUUUGGGCUUGUUGUGGUAUCUGUAGCAUUGCUUCAUUUUGCUGGUUUCUUUGUUGGGUAUCUAUCUGCUGCUUUGGCUGGUUUUGGCGAACCUCAAAGACGGGCUGUAUCCAUUGAGGUGGGCAUGCAAAAUUCGGCCUUGGCUGUGGUUUUAGCAACCUCCCAUUUCUCUUCACCAGCAGUUGCACUACCUGCUGCCACUUCAGCUAUUGUAAUGAAUUUAAUGGGUAGUUGUUUAGGUUUCUUUUGGAGAUGUAUCAACCCUACUCAACCAAGGAGUAGUCUUGAACUGGCUGAUAAAUCAUGAAUAUUCAUGUUGAACCAUAGUUAUCUAUUUCUCCUAUUCGUAUAACUAUCAAUAAGUUCUUGUUUUCACCAUUCUCUGAGUUCACUUUUGAGGCCCUGGCAAGGCUGAAAACUCAUCAGAAGUAUUCUGGAGAAGUCCUUGAAGAUUAUUGCCUUAUGAGAGAGUGGUUUCCGGGAAAGUACCGGAAGAAGGUGAAAGCAUGUCUAAAGGGCAGUCCGGUACACUAAGCUCUCGUUAAUGUGCGGAUCUAGGGAAGAACGGACCAUAUUGGGGCUAUUGUGCACAGCUGUACCUUGCAUUCAUGCAAGUGGUUGUUUCCGUAGCUUGAACCCCGACCUCAAAAUGGUCAGACGACGGCUACUCUUACUGUUGUUUCAAGACUUCACUUAAAGGAUACAGUUUAGAAAAAGCAGUCUUUUCGUUGGCCAAAGAUCCAACUUUCAUUAGCUUCUGAUUUAUUUUUUUAAGAAUGUGAAGAGGUUCCUCAAUCUUGAUUCCAAGAAAAAGCAACCAAUGUUAGCUGGGCUGUUUCAUGGCAAACGUUCGACAGAUGGGACAAUAUGGUGUCAUUAUUUGACAUGGAAACUGUGGUUGCAAUUUGUGAGCAACCUGCAGUUUUCUCCUGUCUUGAAUCUUUCUAGACACGCAACACAUACUGAGGAAUCUUGUUGUUGGUCUCUCUCGUCAACCUGGUAUAGGUAACAUGGGAAUUUCUUCAAGUCUUUAUCAGACAUUCUUGUUCCUCCAUUGCUGCUAUUUUGAACAAUCACAUCGACUUCAACAAUUAUUCUCGAACAAAAGAAGAUUACAGAGAUUAUAAUGCA